UGAUCAUGAUAAGAGAAUAUGAGUGGAUAUGCUUUUAUGAUAUCAUAUUCUCUUAUCCUUUCAUUUCCAUUAUUGCUAUAAGCUUUUUAUGAACCUUUGAACAGUCAGUACUGCAACAACUGAGCUAGCUAGCUACUGAAAUAGUGGACUGAAACAUGGCUGCUGAACUUGUGAUCGGGUCUUUUCUCUCUGCUUUUGAUUUUUUGCUGGAAAAGAUAGCUUCUCCUUAUGUUGAGGAGUUCUUCUUCAAGGGAAAUAAAAGUUGUGUUUCUGAGAGGCUUUUCAAGCUGAGGUCAACAUUCAAUUGUAUUGCUGCGGUUCGUUUCGAAGUGGAGAACAAGAAAAUCAAAAAUCCUGGAGUGGAGAAGUGGCUGAACGAUCUUCUUGAAGCUGUCGAUGAUGCUGAGGACUUCUUUGGCGAUAUCCAAUAUGAUGCUCUGAAGUUCAAGAUAACUGAGGCAGAAACAGAAAGAAGAAAGGUAAGAAAGUUAUUCAAUUUCUCAAAUCCUUUUAACUCAGUUCAACGUAUAAGAAACAACAACAUGGAAGAGAUUCUUAUGAGAUUGGAGUACUUAGCAAAUCAAAUUGGAAACAUGAAUUUAGAAAAGAAUGUUGUUGAGGUGAAACCAUUAGAAAUGUUGUUUGUUAAGACUUCACUGCCGGAUGAACCUGAAGUUUAUGGUAGAAAGAAUGACAAGGAUGCUCUAAUGAAGUCUUUGACAUCAAAUGAUGUAGGCGGUGAUCAAAAGAUAUAUGAUGUCAUUCCCAUAGUGGGAAUGGGUGGGAUUGGAAAAACAACCCUUGCUCAAACCCUUUUCAAUGAUGAAAGAGUGAGGAACAUGUUUGAACCUAAGGUGUGGGUGUACGUUUCGGAUAAAUUCGACGCCAUAGCUGUGACAAAAACCAUUCUUCAACAAGUAGCUCCGGAUGAUGCUCAUAAUGACAUGGAUUUGAAUUCGCUUCAAGUCAAUUUGGCAAAGAAGUUAAUGGGAAAAAAGUUUUUGAUUGUGCUAGACGAUGCUUGGGCGGAUGAUUAUGUUCAAUGGAAGGAAGUGAUGAAGCCUUUCAAUAAUGGGGUAAAAGGCAGCAAAAUAAUAGUAACAACAAGAAACAGAACUGUAUCAGAUAGUAUUGGAACUGUUGAUCCACACUAUCUUAAAGAAUUAUCAAAAGAUGAGUGUUGGGAACUAUUUGCAAAACAUGCUUCUCGGGGAAAUCUUAAUAUGUUUAUUGAGAAUCCAAGAUUGGAAAGUAUUGGCAGAAAAGUUGCUAAGAAAUGUAAUGGCUUGCCUUUAGCUGCUAAAGUUCUAGGAGGGCUCUUGAGAUCGACGUUGGAUGCUGAGAGAUGGGAACAAAUAGCAAAGAGUAAUAUUUGGGAGCUGACAGAUAAAAGGAGCAAGAUUCUUCCUGCAGCCUUAGAAGUGAGCUACCACUAUCUUCCUACACACUUGAAAAAGUGUUUUGCUUAUUGUUCAAUAUUCCCAAAAGGCUAUGGAUUUCAAAGAGAAGAGUUGGUCUUAAUAUGGAUGGCAGAAAAUCUUGUGAAGCAUUCUGAGGGGAAUAGAAGAAUGGAAGAAGUUGGUGAUGAGUAUUUCGAUGAACUAGUAUCUCUGUCAUUUUUUCAAGUGAACACUGAAUACUCAACUGAUUCUUAUUUCGGUAUGCAUGAUCUUAUAGUUGAUUUGGCUAAAGCUGUUUCUGGAAAAUAUUGUUGUUUGUUAGAGCAUAAUGAAGAUGUUGAUAAGUUUGAGAAGAAGACUCGUCAUCUUGGAUGUGCCACGAAAGUCCUUUGUUAUGGUGAUAAGAUAUCUACUUAUGAUUUUAAAGCUACUCGUUUGCGAACCUUUUUGUCAAUAAGAUCUGGUUUUGGUGGCUCAUUGGUUCCUAAGGAAGUAGAGCACGAUUUGCUGCCGAAGUUGAAGUGUUUGAAAGUUUUAUCUUUUCGUGAUUGUGGUAUCACUGAUUUGGCUGAUUCAAUCAGUGAUCUAAAAUAUCUUCGCUAUUUAGACCUUUCUGGCACCAAGAUUGUGAUGUUGCCCGAAUCUGUAACUGUAUUGUACAAUUUACAGACAUUGAAAUUAGACAAUUGUUAUCUACUUGAAACUCUGCCUAAAGAUAUGCAUCAUCUCAUUAAUUUGAGACAUCUUAUUAUCAGCAAAACUAGGCUAGUAGAGAUGCCAAGUCAAAUAAGUAAAUUAACGAAACUCCAAAUGUUGACAACAUUCGUUGUGGGAAAGGAUAGUGGUGCUAAAAUAGAAGAGUUGGCAAAACUUUCAAGUCUACGCGGAGAACUUUCCAUUAAGAAGUUAGAAAAUGUGGCCCAUAUUACCAAAGCAUCGGAUCAAGUCAAUGUACUGGAUAAGAAGCUACUUGAGAUAUUGAGUUUGGUAUGGACUGCUUAUUUUGUUGUUGAUCCAAAACAUGGAGAGGUUGUGCUUGAAAUGCUUUCACCUAACACAACGUUGAAGCAGAUCGAGAUUCUUGGUUAUCCAGGCACAAAAUUUCCAAAUUGGAUUGGGGAUGAUUCGUUCAACAACAUUGUAGACAUAAAGCUUAGUAGGUGUCGACAUUGCUCCAAUUUACCACCAUUGGGGCAACUGCCUUCACUAAAAAUUCUUCACAUUUCAAGUUUUAAUUCAGUAACGACUGUGGGUGCUGAGUUUUACGGGAACAGUUCUGCGAAGAAGCCAUUUUCAUCAUUGGAAACCUUAAGCUUCAGCUCCAUGUCAUCAUGGGAGCAAUGGCAUUCAAUGCAAACUGAAGAUGCAGCAACAUUCAAAAAGCUCAAAACACUUGAGAUUUCUAAUUGUCCUAAGCUCAUUGGGGAUUUGCCUCGCUUCCUUCCUUCGUUAACAAAGAUUGAAAUAAGCAACUGCCAUUACUUUGAAGCCCUCUCAAUGUCCGAUGGUCAAUGUCAGGAACUAACUUCUCUGUCUAUCUCUUAUUGUCAUAGCUUUGUGUCUUUCCCAAAUGGACUUAUUGCUCCCAAACUGAGAGAAUUUCGGAUUUCUCUUUGCCCUAAAUUGAAGUGGUUGCCUGAGAAGAUGACUUCCCUCUCAUCUUUGAAAUCUUUGACAAUCGAAAGUUGUCCAUUGAUAAAGACUAUUCCUGAAGGUGGUCUGCCCAUUAGUUUGUCUAAACUUAGGAUAAACUAUCAUCAACUUUUGAGGAUGAAAUGGAAUCGGCAAACAUUACCCAAUCUCAGGGAUGUUAGAGUUGAAGGAGAUGAAGAAGAUUUGGAAUCAUUUCCGGAGGAAGGACUACUGCCUGCCACUAUUACCAUUCUUCGUAUCUUUAGCUUUCCAAAACUUAGAGGCCUGGACAAAAAUGGGCUGAGUCAACUCACCUCGUUACAACAACUUUACAUCUGGUUCUGCCCUGAGUUACAGACAUUAUCAGAAGAAGGGUUUCCAACCUCCCUUAGCUCUUUGUGGAUAGCUGAUUGUACUCUCCUAAAGAAAAUUUACGAUCCAAAGGAGAGUGAGAAUGAGUACUGGCGAAAGAUUAGUCAUAUACCCCAUGUCGAAUUUAUUUGAGCUUGCAUUUACCAUACGUCACAUCCCAAUCUUUCACACAACUACUCUGAAUGUUAAAUCAAAUAAUAGAAAAUUACUAUGAGAGCUACAACUGUUGAAAUCCAUAUCAGUUCAGAAUGGACCAAAAUAUCAAAAUGGGAACUCAGGUUAGCAAAAUUCAAUACAAAAGGCAUUGGGGGCAUAACUUCAGGCCGAGGGCAACCACGAUUCAUCAAUAACUAAUGUAAGUUUUGCUAUCUUGGUUGACACCUUUUGCCAAAACAUACUUUUCAAUUUCAAUUUAUGUCAAUUUUAAUGUCUCUAUGAAACAAGCAAUGUUCUGAGGGCUCUAAGAUAGUUUUCUCAACAUGAUCCAUAUUUGUUCCAAGUCUGGCUUACCACAAUCCCAGAUGGUUCUUCUUCUUCUUCUUUUCUUUUCAAUUAAAGCUUCAGCUCAAGUGCACAUUUUUCUUCUAUAUGAGGCUUUAUGUACACUGAAAAUCUGAGACUGGAAUUGUUUAGAAUUCUAUAUUUAUGAAAGAAGCUCUUGAUUCCCAAUUAUGAUUUCACAUGAUGAUGAUGAUGUGGCACAGCUGCAAAGAAAGCCUCUGUUUUGGAAGACUGACUGGAGUUUCAUUAAAUGCCCAGUUUCCACGAGUUUUAUACUCUACUAAAUUCUUCAGGCCUUUUGUGUACUGAGAAUCUAAGAGUGGAGUCAUAUGUGCAAUAGAUUGUUCCAAAGAAAUUAUUCAGCAAAUGGUGUGGUGUGCAUAAGACACUUGAAUGCCUAGAUAGCCCAAGUUGAUGUGCCCCCAAUUCAUCAGCUAGGGAUAUUACUGGACCAGAUUUUAUCAUACACUGAUUUAUGUUCUCAAGUCUAUGAGUUGAAAUUCUUGAAUCCCUUUUCGGAAAAUCUGUAUGAUUGGGACAAUCAUUGAGGGCAUCCUCUAAUCAUCAUCAAUGAUUUAGGCAAAUUUCACAUCUUGGUUGACUACUUUUGCCAAUACAUACUUUUCACUUAAAGGCAAUAAAUAAGUAGCUUUCACAAUAAGAAACAAGCAAUGUUCAUGUUAGAUUGUAAUUUGGUUAUUUGGAUUUUUGCGGGUUUAGGCUUGUUUAGAUCGAUUACUAUUUUCAUAAUCAUCUUGUUUCUUCUUAUUA